CGAUCUAUUCCAACACACCAUCAAGGCAGGAGAUAUGAGAACUGAGAACAAUAUGGAGGCUAUGUCAGCAUCUGUCACACUUGACACUGCAAAUGCAGGUAGCCAAGGUCAUGUGCCAUUGCUGGUCAGCCAGAGCUCAACAUCAAGCAUGCCAGCUCAUCUUUCUGUCCCAAUGCCAGAGGAGUUUCCAAUGUUCUCUGAUGAAGGGCCCAAGAUGGUUGGCUUACCUCUUGUCACUGAAGGCAGGACAGUUGCCAGUAUGCCACCUCCAACUUAUGCUCAAGUCACAAGUACUGAAGCACCACCACCUUUAUAUGAGACCCUGUUUGGUGGUAUGUGCAAGGGCAAACAGGAUUCUCCAAGAGUCUGGGAAUCUCUGAAGAAUUCACCAGUGUUGAAUGGCAUUGGGGCAGCAGUGGUGGUCGUGAUGGGGCUGAGCAUCUGGUUCGCCUUGCCGGUGGCCAUGGUGGCCGUCGCUGCCACCAGCUGGGGCGAGGAGACGUGCCCGGCCCAGCCCCGCCUCGCCAUCUGGCUCUGCUUCGGAGGGGCGCUGUCUCUCGUGCGCAGCGUGCAGGGGACCCUGUUUCGCGCGCGCAGCACCAUGGACGACGAUGACGAGAACGCCGCGUACGCCAACUGCGCCGCCAUCGUCGCCCACGUGGCCUGGCUCGUGCUCGGCACCAUCUGGCUGUACCAGAUAUACCUUCCCGAGUUCUCGCUGGACGGCGACCAGAGCAGCUACUGCGACUACACGCUGUACAUGACCUCCCUCGUCGCGCUGCACCUGGUCUACCUGAUCGCCGGGGUGACGUUCGUCGUGUUGUUCGGCGUGUACGGCAUCUGCGGCUACACCCUGGAGGGGCUGUAGCCCCGCCGGCGCUGAGGAGACUCCUGCCCAUGCAGGACCGCCUUUAGGCCGGUCAGCACGCGCCAGCAAACGGCCGGCAGACUGUGCCUAUUGGACCAACAUUUCUACUUUUGCCUUUAUUUUCCUUCCUUUUUAUACUUUUAUACCAAAAUAGGGUGAAGCAUAAGUUGGUGGACAUGCCGCUAUGCCAUCAUCACAAAUGUAGCUGUGAACUGUUCCUGAUUACUUUCAUCUAUGGCAGUACGUCUAUUGCUGGGUACAAUGCCAUUCCACAAGCAGCAAUGUCCUGUUCAUAUUACGCUUUCCAUUCGAGGUUGAACAAAGGGGCCAAUGUUUGGAGGAAAAGGAGCCUUGUUGGGAGCUCAUGAUGGAGCUCUCACUCCGAUCACAUCUUAUUCUUCUGCAGUGAAUUUUUGGCAAAGUUUUGAACGUGAUUUGCAUUGUAUGCAAUUGUUCAGACAAAGUGAUUCACACUUCAGAGCAUCACGUUUAUUUUUGCCAUUUCGGUAUCGCUAUUAAUGUAACAUUUUUUUGUGUGCUGUGGUGACACAUUUCGUACAUAUUUCAUCAGCUCAGGCCCAGGAUCUCAGUCUUCAGAUCAUUAACGCGUGCUCUGGGAGGUGACAGGAAAUCACCGCCUCUGAAUUCAACAUUUGUGGCAUGCACCACACAGCCACGGAAGAUGUACAUAGGCAUGCGACAAGUUACUGUAACCAGCUGUGUUUGGCGUGCUUGUCUUUUUUCUUUGUAAUCCUGUAUAUCGUUGUAAUUCCAGUCAUUUUUUUGCUGGACUUUCUGCCAACUGUCAAUUACUCAGGAACUUCGACUAAAAGGAUGUGAUGAAAAAUAAGAACUACAGUGCUGAACGUCCUCUGAGAUGUUCGUGGAGCAUUGAACUUCCAAGUACAAUUACAUGCCAUUGCGAACAAGAACGCGGAUCUUUCUGUCCGUGAGAAUAAUUUGUAGACUGGUUUAUGUGGUUUGUCAGUAACGUAAUGUCUUUCGCUCAAGCUUUUUUGCAUUCUUGGAAGUAUCGACAAAGUUCAAAGCAAGAAUACUUCCUGAAUUUUGAUUGGUGUGAUUGUAUCAAUAGUGUGGUGUCCUGCACUACAGUUUUUGGAUUUUUACAAGUACCAAGAGAGUUCAAAGCAGUCCACCACUAGUGUUCGCGCAUAGAAAGCAGCCAGAUUUUGUACCUCGUGUUUUGCCGUGCUAAGAUAUCUCAGGGUUAGUAAUAAGCGUAUGUAUAAGUGACAAACUCGGCGCGUCAAGCCUCGUGCGCCGCACGCACACCAGCACCUCUCGUGCGGAAGCCAUGCGGGUGCGGGCGCCGUCCGGGGGCCGGCCGCCGCGCGGCAGACCGCCGAUGGUCAGGGGAGCCGCGGGGGG